UCUAUUUAAGUGAGCCUAGCACCAACCAUUUAUAUGGUGGUUUUUUUUUUGUAGGUAUACGUACAGUGAUAGGUAUAAGCCAUUAAGGGACGUAUCAUAGCUAGGCCUAUUUACUGGCCAAAAUUAACGUUAUAGAAAUAGGAGGAGUAGAUCUUGUGGUGAAUGACUGGCAGUUUGUUGAUCAUACUUUUCAUUUAGCUGAUACCUUUUCAACAUGCCUUUCUUCUCGGACCUCUAUUUGAAUCUCUUCAGCACCAUAACACCUGCCUAAAGUCUGUUGCAGUUUGCGUACAUUUUAAUUUCCGAAUAGUUGUGUUCUUUUACAUCUGAAUGAAUCACAGAAAUGUCACUUUCCUUUCAAGAUAACCCUCCGUCUUCGUGUGAUUUGCGUGAUGGUCCAAAAUGAAAUUUCAGCCAGAGUGCAUGUAUUUUAGUCGUUUCUCAGGGGGAUGUAAAAAAUGAGCUGUGAUAAAAGCACUUAUGAUAUUUAAGUUUCCGUUUCUCUCUGCAGUGAAAGAAAUGUUUCCUGCGUUGUUUAUCACCUCCUUUCUGGGCACGUUGUCACUGAGCCUCAGUGUAGGUCUGCAUGCCGGACCCCAGGCCCUCCCUCUGCCUGUCACCCUGUGCUGUGACCUCGCUGACAGGCCUCCGGAAGGAGAUGGUGGCCGCCAUUGUGUGUCCAGCUCCCACAGUCCUGCAGGACUUCAGCGACCCGCCCCUUCCCAGAAUCCUGUUAGCGUCCAGAUCGGCAUACAGCUAUCUCACAACGAGACUGCAGCGCAUGGAAUUGUCUGCUUUGACAUCCUGUGCUGGGUUGACACCAGCCCAGGACAGUUCAUUUGUAAUAUAGAGCCAAUUACCAAGCAGCCGGGCACCCCUGUCGCAGUGGUCUCAAACUGUUUGCAACCAGAGUCAAACUCAACAAAUGGGACAUUCAGAGGGGAGACUGAGUGCAGGUGUGUCGCUGCUGAUGAUGUCAGGUGCUUCUCGGGUGCUGACACAGUGGACCAGCUGAUCUCCAUGGAGGUCACCGUUUGCAGUGGCCCACUGACCGCCCACUCCCCCAUCAUGAGUUUUCGGCCAUGGGAUCGCAUAAAUUUGAAGCCCCCAGUUGAUCUGUACUACAAAGUAACCAUUGAAGGAGAUUUGUUACUGACCUGGACUGAUUCACAGUCUGUUGCUCACCCACUUGUCUACGAUGUCCGCUACUUCCCCAAAGGCACACUGGAUUCUUGGGAGUAUGUGGAUGGGGUGACCAUGCAGCCGGUCUCCCUGAGAAAGUUGAGUCCUGGAGUCACUUAUGUCAUUCAGGUUCGCUGCAGGUUCCAGCACAUACCAGGGCUACAGAGCACCUGGAGUCGACCCCUAUACACUGAUAUUGAAGAGGUGACUUAUCUUCCUGAAAAAGUGUUGGUGAGCACUGGUUCAAAUGUGACAAUUUACUGCAUAUUGCACAACUGGAGCGUCAAUGCCAAGAACGUCGUCUGGUGGCUGAACACACGAGAGAAAGUUCCAGAAAGACAAUACUCUGUUAUCAAUGACCAUGUGAGUGGAGUCACUCUGCUGAACUUGGACCCAAAACAGGAAUCAUAUACUCUACAUUGCUGUCCGCAGAUCGGAGAAUGGUCAUUCUGUUGCUUGAGUUCUGCGGCCUUGUACACUACAGAAAGUGACGUAUUAAUUUCCUGCGAGACCAAUGGGGACCUCACAGCCAUGACCUGCAGCUGGAACACUAUACAGAGUGUGAGGUUCCAAUACCAAGUAAGGUUUAUGGCGUGCAGCAUAACUGAGGGUGCAGGGAACUUCUCUUCGGUCCUGGGCUGCCCCCAGGGGGGACUUGGUAUCGGCAGUUGCACCUUCCAGCCCCUUUUUAUAAUGGCUUGCUACCAGAUGUGGGUGGAAUUUGGGACGGAGUUGGACCCGCUCAGAUCAGCUCCUGUCCAAGUCUUGCCUUUUGACUGGGUUAAGCCAAAUCCUCCAUACGACCUGGUGGCCAUCACUGAUCCAGAGGGCUAUCUGAAUACUGAAUGGAAAAGGCAUGAAUUGCUUCCGUUCAAAUUCAAGUACGAGAUGCGUUACAGAAUGGACUCACCUGAUGCCGACUGGGAGGUUCUUACCUCUUACAAUCAGUCAGUUGUGGUUCCAGUGUCGGACCCAUGUCAGAUUCACACCGUCCAAGUGCGUUGCAGUCGUCACGAUCAGGAUGGUCUCUGGAGUGACUGGAGUCGUCAGAGCUUCAGCCACGUCCGUAAUUCUAGAGCUCCAAGCAAGGGACCUGAUUUUUGGAGGCUGCUUCAAGAAGAUCCAGGGAAGAACCAGACGAACGUCACUCUUCAUUUCAUGCCUCUGGAGAAAGAGAAGCCUUUGUGCUGUGUUGAGGGCUUCCUGGUGGAGUUCCACAACCUCUCUGGCCAGGUGUGGUCUAACAGGCUGGGACUGGUUGUGUUUUACUCAUUUCUGUGGAACGAGACCAUCCACACUGUUACCGUCAUGGCCAGGAAUGAUGUGGGGUUGUCCCUCAGGAACACGAGAAUGAUUCUAGCACCACCCACUAAAAAAUCGAAAUCACUGUCUCAGUUCAGCGUAAUGAGGAUAAACAGCAGUUGUGUCACCCUGGCCUGGACCCUGCUCCCAGUCCCCUCGAAUCCACUGUCAUUUGUCAUUGAAUGGAGGGCACAGAGCACUGUGGGUGGGGUGAAGUGGGUUCGAGUCCCUGCCCACAUCCGCACCUUCAUCCUAAGAGAUCAUUUUUUAAGUUCUGAGGACUAUGGUUUUACUUUGUAUCCAAUAUUUCCUGACGGCGAAGGGGAGCCAAUUUUUGUCGAAGAAGACAGGGGGCGCUCCACGGGACCGCACUCUCCUUAUAUGCUUCUGCUAGUUAUUGCCUUCCUGUUGGUCCUGGCUCUGGCAAUUUCCCAGCACCAGAAGAUGAAGCUGGUUUGGCGAGAUGUCCCAGAUCCCAACAACUGCUCUUGGGCCAAGGGUGUGGAUUUUACCAAGGAAAAGACUGUGGAGAAUCUCUUUAAGCAGCACGAGAUGCCCAUGUCUUGCCCCCUUCUCUUGGGACUGGAGACCAUCUCAGAGGCUCUGAUUGUGGAUAAGACAAAGCUACCAAUAGAGGUCAAAGAGAUGGAGUGGACCUUUGACAACACUGAGGAAAGGGAGGCCUGUGUUUCUCCUGCUAUGGAGGGCUACCAAGAGCUACCGGCUCCAAAAAUGUCCAUAACGUCUUCUUCUGCCAUGAGUCUGACUCCAUCGACAACCGUCUAUUCCUCAAUACUGUUCCAGGACAAGGCUGGUCUCUGCUGUAGACUUCCCAAGAGCUUCAGUAGUUCCUCAGAUGAGGACAAGUCUUCAGGCGACUCCAAUAUCCCCGAGUCCUCCUUCUGGGGUCUUUUGGAUGGGCGCCUCCCCUGUUUUUUGAAAGCGGCCCGCUUCCGCUCUUGUUCUUUCAACUCACAGGAUGAGUUUUCAGACACCAUGGACUGUGACGAUGAGGCUGUCAGUGACCUGGCUGUGGGCGGGGAGUGUUUUGGCAUGGGCAUGAGUUCUGGUGACCGAGAACAAGGGGAGAAUUUGCAGAGGCAAGCUGCCCGUGUGUGUGCCAAGGAGAGUCCUGACCUGAACCCCCUACUGUGUCAUCAGGAGUCCACAUGCAAUUUGGCCGACACACCAGCUCAAAUCAUCCCUCUGUAUGUGCCACAAAUCCAGACUUUAUCCUUUUGGAGUCCCAGAGGGAAAACACCAGAAUGGGUUUCUGAAGUUUGAGAGGAAAAACACAGAGGCAGAACUGAACACUCCGUAUGUUCACCCUUUGUGUGCGCGGUGUGACCCUUAGGGCUGCAAUGCAAAGUCAAAAUAUGAUAGUUGUUAACCCGUGGCUGAUAUUGUUUACCAACUGCUGUACUAUUCUGUGACUCAUGAAGUGUGGCUUUAGUGUUAUAUAUUUAUUUUUAUAUGAAAUUGGUUAUAAUUGUUAUAAUUCUGCAAUGUGCCGCAAAUUGAGUUCUCCAUUUCCAGUAUGUUUCGAGAACUAUCUUUGCCUUCUCCCAAAAGAAGUGUGCUUUUCUGUCGUUCCACCCUGUCUAUGGCUAACAGAAAAAAUACAUGCUAUAAAUCGACUUAAAGAUUUGUGACAGAGUUUUUUGGAACAUGGAGAGAUGUUUUCUGUGUAAAAAAAAAAAGCCAAAUUCACCCAAAAACUUCUUGGGAGUCAAAAGACGACUUCUUGAAGUGAGGUUCUCGCUUCACCUGACAGUGUGGGGCCUUCUUUGUGUAGAAAAUGUGACGUGUGACCGUGCAAAAAUCCUCAUUCCAAACAAACAAAAGGCUGAACUGCUAAUAGACAGGCAAGACAAUACAAUGACAUGUUCUGGAUCAGGUAAAGCAAAAUGCAUUCAUGUCAAACAAGUCACACAAAGACAAUGGUAAAUCUUUGAUUAAACUUGGUAAAUGCCAAACAACUCUUUUUUUUUUUUUUUUGCUAAGAUACGGUACAGAAUUAACAAACAAUGAAUCCUCAAUCACCUACUUCAUUAAGUUUCAUUCAUGAACUAAUUACUAUAGCAUACAGAAAAGUCUAAUAAGAAAAUUAAUAUACAUACAAUUUAGAUUGGCGUUAUCUGUUUGUUAACCUUUCAUGUCUUGGACAGCUCAAGGACACAUCUGACAUGUUGUUUCAAAACAUCAUAAACGACUUGCCACAUAAGUUAUGAAUAGUCCGAAUCGCUCGUCUAGUUUGACCGUUCUUGUUGCGAAAUGUGUUUUCCACGUUCGCCGUUCGGAAGUGAAACUUUGGUGUGAAACCUCUUUGGAAAGGAGAAAAAAAAUGCAAGCUUUGACUCGUGCAAGGUAUGCAUUUCCGUUCCAGAAACUGCUGCUUCAUCCACAGUCAUGCUCACACAUAUCACUAAAUGUUGAAACCAAAAAGUUUGUUUUUGUAUAAAAUGGUAUUCAUUAUUCAUAUUUGUAGAGGGCCAAUAAGAGAACAGACUGGAGAAGCUACCCACUAAACAUUGGACGUCGGAUAGGCGUGCAGAUCAUGUCUAUAUUAGGUCCGUCAGUCCAUGACCAAUUCUGGACAUCUAUACAACGUCCAAACUAGGUCCACAAUUUGAACGUCCAUCCAUGACCCAACUUGCACGUCAAUAUGACAUUCAACAUUUGAACGUAAUUUUUUUGACGUUAUUUGGACGACUAUGACAGGUGCAGGAAAUAUAGUUUUAUGUACAAAUAUCAACAUUGUUGUUAUCAACAUAAUAAAUGUGAAUACAGAUGAUUAUUUCGAAACAAACAUGAUUUAUUAUGCCAAUGCGUACGUAUUUUAUGUGCAUUUGCGCUGAUAUGACAAUAAAUUAUAUCGUGCAUUGUUUUUUAUGUUCGUUCUGAAAACCAUGUGAAAACUGAGUAGUGCAGAGCAGCUGUAACAGUUUUAUCCACGUCCCUCGCGGACACUUUUGUGCACGUGCAGAACGCGGGAUUUCAAAAUCUGGCAGCAGCUUGAUGCCCAGUCGAACAAAUUAACAUCCAGCUUGCUAAACCAGGUUAAUGCUAAAUUAUGUUUUUUACUUUUCAUGAUACUUUAGCUCUGUACUGUUCUGUUGUAUACACUGUAGCACCGGCGGGGCUCAUGUCCCAGCAUGCCCCGCGUGCAGUUGUAAAUAGCCAUUGUUGUGUUGUUGCUGUUAUUGUUAAUUAAUAGGUAAUUCCUUAUUGUUGCACAUGUGUUUACAUGUGUCUUGUGUGUACCCGGUCUGAUCCUCGUGUGUAAUUAGCUUACAUAAAUGUCCCACCGUGGAUGCGUCUUACAGUU